AUGAUGUUUCAACAGUUUAAGCUCUUUUCUAGAGCCGCAUCGCGUAUCCCGCCGGUGAAGCUACAGUAUAAAAACAUGCUAAAAACACCAUCUAUCAAGUACCCACCACCAAAACAAAUCAAACUAGACAAUCGUGAAUGGCCUAGUAAGGUAGUUACAAAAGCGCCUAGGUGGUUAUCAACUGAUUUGCGUGACGGCAAUCAAUCUUUGCCUGAUCCUAUGUCCAUACUGGAAAAGAAGGAAUAUUUCCAUAAAUUAAUCGAUACUGGGUUUAAAGAAAUUGAAGUUAGUUUCCCACUGGCUUCGCAAACUGAUUUCGAUUUCACUAGGUAUGCAGUCGAGAAUGCACCUGAAGAUGUCGCUAUUCAAGUCUUGACCCAAUCGAGAGAACCAUUGGUUAGAAGAACGGUUGAAUCGGUCAAGGGCGCUAAAAAAGCCAUUAUUCAUAUUUAUUUAGCAACCUCGGAUGUUUUCCGUGAAGUUGUAUUUGGCAUGUCGCAAGAAGACGCAAUUGCUAAAGCGGUGGAAACAACCAAAUUGGUGAAAAGUUUAACUAAAGAUGACCCAAACAUGAGUGAAACUGAAUGGAAUUUGGAAUUUUCUCCUGAAUGUUUUUCCGAUACUCCAGUUGAAUUUGCCGUUGCCAUUUGUGAGGCGGUGAAACAAGAAUGGCAGCCAAGUGUCGAACACCCCAUGAUUUUUAAUUUACCAGCCACGGUUGAAGUUGCUGGUCCAAAUGUAUAUGCUGAUCAAAUUGAAUACUUUUGUAAACACAUUUCUGAACGUGAGAAAAUUGUCGUUUCCGUGCAUUGUCAUAACGAUCGUGGAUGUGGUGUUGCUGCUACUGAAUUGGGUUUAUUAGCUGGUGCCGAUCGUGUUGAGGGGUGCAUCUUUGGUAAUGGUGAACGUACGGGAAAUGUUGAUUUGAUCACGGUUGCUUUAAACUUGUACACGCAAGGGAUUUCCCCCAAUUUGGACUUUUCCGAUUUGCAAAGCUUGAUUGAUGUUAGUGAGCGUUGCAACAAAAUUAAAGUCCCUGAAAGAGCACCAUAUAGUGGAUCACUUGUUGUUUGUGCAUUUAGUGGAUCGCAUCAAGAUGCGAUAAAGAAGGGGUUCAGCUAUAAACGUAAUGAUGAUAAAUGGGCUGUUCCUUAUUUACCAUUGGACCCCAAAGAUAUUGGCCGGACUUAUGAAGCUGUGAUUAGAGUUAAUUCGCAAUCAGGUAAAGGUGGAAGUGCAUGGGUUAUUUUACGAUCAUUGGGAUUGGAUUUACCUAGACAGAUGCAAGUUGUAUUUUCAUCGAUUGUUCAAACAAAAGCUGAUAAAUUGGGCCGUGAGUUACAAAUCAAUGAAAUUGUUGAUGUGUUCAACAAGGAGUACCUUGUGCAAUCGCCAUUGACAAUUGUUGAUUUUGAAAUUACCAAGAGCAAGAACGACAAUAGAGAGAUGUAUGCACAAUUGCACAAUGGCAAGAAUGGACAAGAGGUGACCAUCAGAGGUGAAGGUAAUGGACCAAUCUCUUCCUUUAUCGAUGGUAUUGGUAAAAAGUUUGGUACAUUAUUUGAAGUUGUCACUUACCAAGAGCAUUCCUUGGGCACUGGGUCAGCUUCGAAAGCAGCUACUUAUGUUCAAUUAAGUUAUUUAAAUGAUGCUAAUGAGAAGAUUACUAGAUGGGGAUGUGGAAUUAAUCAUGAUGUCAGUCAAGCUUCAAUGGAUGCUAUUUUAAGUGUGGUCAAUUCAUUGGUUAAUGAAGGUAAAAUUCAAAUUCAAAACUGA